AUUCUGCAAGCCACCCUGGGGUGCAGCUGAGCUGGACAUGGGACCGCGAGACACCCAGCUCCUGGCAGCGCUCCUCGCCCUGGGGCUAUGUGCCCUGGCGGAGGGUGAGAAACCCUCCGCCUGCCAGUGCUCCAGGCUGAGCCCCCAAAACAGGACGAACUGCGGCUUCCCUGGAAUCACCAGCGACCAGUGUUUUGACAAUGGAUGCUGUUUCGACUCCAGUGUCACUGGGGUCCCCUGGUGUUUCCACCCCCUCCCAAAGCAAGAGUCGGAUCAGUGCGUCAUGGAGGUCUCAGACCGAAAAAACUGUGGCUACCCGGGCAUCAGCCCGGAGGAAUGCGCCUCUCGGAAGUGCUGCUUCUCCAACUUCAUCUUUGAAGUACCCUGGUGCUUCUUCCCCAAGUCUGUGGAAGACUGCCAUUACUAAGAGGCUGGUUCCAGAGGACGCAUCUGGCUCACGGGGUGUUCCGAAACCAAAGAAGAAGCCGCCUUCUUAUCAGCUUCAUAUUUCAUGAAAUCCUGGGUUUUCUUAAUCAUCUUUUUAUCAUUUUCAAUGGUUUAACACAUAAUUUCUUUAAAUAAAAUCCUUAAAAUCUGCUA